UUUCCUGUGCGCAUCGCCACACCGCUCCUCCCAUCCGCGAAGUGCUGUGCGGAGGGGAAAGCAGCGCUCAGCCUGGACCAAGCUCCUCCAAGGACCCGCCGCUGGCCGGGCUCUGCUGGCCCCGGUGUGGCUCCGAGCUCGCGCGGCUGCAGCACGGCCGAACCCCUGCGGGAGAGCGGGACGCAGGGCGAGGGCCAGGAGGAGAGGUGGUUUACAUAGAUUCACUUGAAAGCUGGGAUUGCCUAGAGGUGGCCAGAGCAGAGGACACAGUCCCUGGGAGGAUGCGUUCCUGUCUUAGCUGGUCAGCCAUAAAGAAUGGGCACAGGAUGCCCCUGAGGCCAUGCUGAGGAGAGGAAACUUCACUAAUAAAAUUUCCUACCGCCACAGCCAUCAUGAAAGAGUGUGAUUCCUGAGGAAGAGGAUCAUCAUUUUUGGUAAACAAAACAAGUCCAGAACCUGAGAGAGAGAAAACGACAUAUGCUGACGACUCUUUGGAACGAAUUUCCUCUUGGAAUCUACCCUGUGGCUUAGUCUUCAAACCAGAGGUUCAUCCUGCCCAGGAAACAAUGGCCUACGUGAAGAUAAGAUUGAUAUAUAUUUCCUUUUUUGUUCUGGGAGCCCUUUGUUUGUAUUUCAGCAUGAACAAUCUGUCUCUUUUUAAAGAAGAGCCAUUUGUUCUCAAGAAAGAAAACGGGAAGUUCCUCCAGCUCCCCGAUGUGGACUGCCGGCAGAAUCCCCCUUUCCUGGUAGUGCUGGUGACCUCAUCCCACACACAGAUGCUUGCUCGCCUGGCCAUCCGGAACACGUGGGGAAGAGAAAAGGUUGUGAGAGGAAAACGGAUAAAAACAUUCUUCCUCCUGGGGCUCAGCCCCAAUAAGGACGUGGAGAGAGCGGUGGUCCAGGAGGUCCAGCAACAUCGCGACAUCAUCCAGAAGGACUUCGUGGAUGUUUAUUUCAACCUGACUCUGAAGACCAUGAUGGGUAUAGAGUGGAUCCACCACUUCUGUCCUCAGGCGGCAUUCGUGAUGAAAACAGACUCCGACAUGUUUGUCAAUGUCUACUAUCUGACCGAACUACUGCUGAAGAAGAACAGGACCACUAGGUUUUUCACCGGCUUCUUAAAGAUGAACGAAUUUCCGAUUAGGUCAAAGUACAAUAAGUGGUUUGUCAGCAAAUAUGAAUAUCCGUGGGACAAGUACCCACCUUUUUGCUCUGGCACGGGCUAUGUUUUUUCCAGUGAUGUUGCGAGUCAGGUGUAUAAUGUUUCUGAAAGCAUCCCCUUCAUUAAACUAGAAGAUGUCUUCAUGGGGCUCUGCCUGGCAAAACUGAAAAUCAGACUGGAGGAACUCCACUCCAAGCAGACCUUCUUCCCGAACGGGUUGAGCUUUUCUACCUGCCGUUUUAAGAAGAUUGUGGCCUGCCAUUUUAUCAAGCCUCAGGAGAUGGUGAGCUACUGGCAGGCUCUGGAAAAUUCUGUGGGAGAAGAGUGUCCAGCUGAGUGAGAGAGGCUCGGGGAACAUCUGGACACACUUCAGACAACCCACGGUGAUGGUUUUGGAAAGACCUUUGGAUGGCA